AUGCUCUUCUCCUCUCUCGCCCUCAUCCUCAGCCUCGCCGGUGCUUGUGCAGCACCCACUCCGGCCGAUGCCACCUCAACCUCUGCCGCACCCAGCUCCACAUCGGAUUCCUGGGUGCCGCCCGUUAACAACAAGACGGCUCCAGCCGUUACGCUCCCACUGGCCAACCCGCCCGUGUUUGACAAGCCCAACGAGGACAACUGGCUGAUUCUCGACACACCGGCCUCGACCACCUCUCCGGGCACGGGCACCACCAUCUCCUGGUCGUGGGGCAAGGACCAUGUCAACGGUUCUCUCGGCGCGGUGGCGCUGAUCCUCACAAACGCCAACAAGUCGCUCCUGGCGGAAGACGCUCUUCUCAUCAUCACCGACGACUCCAUGUCAAACACCUACGACAAGGACGUCCUCGUCGGCGUGCGCCUCAAUUCCCCCACUUACGCCGUCGGCGCCAACUACACCAUCAAGAUGGUCCGCGACUCCAACCACUCCAUGGUGUUCGCCGAGUCGAAGCUGUUCCCCAUCAAGCCGGUCGGCCAAGUACCCGCCGCCAGCGGCGGCGCGGCCAUGGCCCGUUCCGCCGGCCUCGCCACCGUGUGUGCGGCCUUGGUGGCGGCGGCCGCCGCCAUGGUGGUCUAA